CCGAUUAUAGCAGCAUUGUACAUUGGGAAACAGCCGCACACAGGAUUGGAUGCUUUGUUACUGUUCACAUCUGCAGUAUUACUUUCAUCUUUUGGGUCAAAUUUUGGAGACUUUAUAUCAGUUUUUAGGUGCUUGUUCACAGAUAUAUUUAGACACGUACUGAAGAAAUAUUCAAAUUGUUUUAAGAAAUAACUUUAUUUGAAUUAAGUACGAAAAUGAAGAGUUUUGCGGCGGUGCUAUUAUGUGCGGUACAUACUGUGUUAAUUACAGCCCACCCUGCCUUACCCGUGCAGAAAACAGACAUAAGUUUAUUACGGCGACAAACAAGAUCCGUUGAUGGAAAUAUAGGUUGUAUACAUAUGGAAAGCUUUCCGGGCGAGCUACAGUACGUGUCGGAUGGGACGGAGGAAGUAUGCGGGUUAUAUCUGAUAGGUCAACCAGACCAAAUUGUAGAAGUAGGCUUUCUAGAUUUCAACGUCAAUUGUGAAACCGGGGGAGUAUUAGCUUUAUUUGACGGCUGGGAACUUCAAGGGGAGCUGUUUCCCGGCGUGAACGACCACGCCCUUACAUUGGCCGAGAGAUACACAAUGUUCUGUGGUGAAAAGAAGCCAGAGGCUAUAUUCAUGUCUUCACAAAACGUAGCCUUAAUACAAUUUAAAAUCCCAAACCCUGGGGAAGGUUUCAAAGUGUUUGUAAACUUUAAAAAGAACCCGCAACCCUGCAACGCUGUAGCCAUGUUUGAAAUGGGAACAUUAACCAUGAAAAAUUACGGCUUGCGUCGGAACUGCACGACCUCAAUAAUUUAUCCUGAACAGAUAAGCAUGAUUAAUGUUGACGUUGGUGUCACCUCAGCAACCAAACCUAUAGAAGCAGAAAUUGGUCUCACUGACAAGCAGUGCAUGAACUACGGUGGUGGAGAUUAUAUACAAGUAAUGAACGGAAACGGCCUUGACCCUUCUACCAUGGCAACAAAAGGUGUUCUUUGUGGAAUGGACUCAAAUAGUGAGGCAAAUGCCAAGUUUGUUCUCCAUUGCCAACACUCAGUGGUGCGAAUGGUGUCAAGUGGAGAAUUCCAUAACACAGUGACAUUCCAGUAUGCUCCUCCAAAAGAAGAGGAAUUGAACGCUUCUGAUAUGUGCUAGUCACACACAGAUGAGAGUCAACAACAUCUACAAAAAAGCAUUAGCUAAUUCAGAAAUUGCCACACCGAAAGAAUGCUACUUUACAUAAUUUGUUUUUCUGUCCAGACUAAAUUUAAAUCAAGAGUUUAACAUGUACUUUUGUUGAGCUAAAACAAAGUUGUUUUGUGUGCAGUGUAGUCCUGAACAUCAAUUUUGAAUGAUGUUAUUUUAAAAUUUAACUUUUGAAUAUUGAUAUCUAAGUAUAUAAGGACAUUUUGUGCUUGUUAAAAAAAUUAGAAUUGAUACAAAAUACUAACAAUUAAACGUUACAUUUUAUUCCAUCAAGUGGAAUGUGUAUUGAACUUGUUUCUACAUGGAUUUAAGUGAUAGCAUAAGAUCAUUAUUUAUUACAAAUGCUUUAUUUACAUGACAUUCUAGACUUCAAAGUUUCGUGGUUGAGAUGAGUAAAAAUAAAACUCUUCUUUUGGAAAUCAGAUUGUUUAUUCAUUCAUUUACUACUAUAGAUUAAAUACUAUUUCAUCAA